GAGGACGAGGAGGAGUGCGGGGGAGGAGAGGGAGGGGGGAGGCUAUAAGGCCCGAUCACGAGGGGCAGCGGAGCAAUUUGGCUCCGGCCGAAGUAAGCAGUGGCUGCGGCUGCACUAUAGAGAGAGGGAGAGGGAGAGGAGGUGGGGGGGCCUUUUGUGUCCGGCUCCGUGUCCGUUCGAAGGACGGACGAGUACGGAUUUUGUCGCGUAGCUCCCAGUGGGGGGCACUGGCGAGCGAGCCAUCAUCGGGCACUAGGGCCCGUCUGCUGUUCGCUCGCUGACAGGCGCCAAUGCAAUGAUGCAUGGCGCCGGGCCUCGAUCCUCUGUAACCAGGUUUCAGUGAUCUCUACGAUACAUCAAGCGUCCGCCCUUUCCCCCACCAAGCGCUCCUCCUCGAGUACGACACUCGAGCACGCUAAGGGACAAAGGCUCGUUCUCUUCCCGGCUACGUCUUCGCGCGGGGACGGGAGGGGUGAGAAGAGACGAGACGGGACGAGACGAGCCGAGCAGGCAGGGGGACGAGACGACGUGGAAGGUUCGGAGUGGCUGCGACUGGAGAACAGGAAGGAGGCCGGCGAAGGGGGUGUUUGGGACCGGCGGAGGAGCACGGGAUGAGCGUAUGCACGCAGCGUGGAAGCUUGUGGGGAGCAUGAAGGCGGCCAAGUGGCAAGGGCGGAUGGUGGUCCGAGGAAUCUAGGCCCGAGUUUUUUCAGUGGUGAAGGUGUGUUCCACAUCUUGGAGGAGUCGUUAGAAGGAAGGGACACGGGAGAGUGGGAGGGAGAGAGAUAGAGAGCCGAGGAGGGGAUGAUCAGCUGACGGAUACCGAUCCGAUAAGCAAAAAUAGUGCCAUCGGUAGCGUCAUGGUGCGUUGAAACGGAGGAUUGGCGGAGAAUUCAGGGAGGUGGCCAUCGGUGAGGGAAGUCCCAGGCUUUGAGAGCAUUUUAAUUCGUCGCAACGAUGGCUCCUUCAAAAGACCCGCUGCUUUCGGGGGUUCGAUCUCGCGGGAUCGAUGAGGGGCGCCAAGCGCUGGGACUUCGGUUGGCGAAGGAAGAGGACGAGAGGGCCUAUGAUAAAUCGCAGCAGAUUGACAUGAGCCAGUAUGAUGACAAAGACGACGAGGAUGUGGAGAGCGGAGAUUACACUCCCAAAUUCUCGUGGAAGAAGUUAUGGCUGUUCACUGGGCCGGGAUUUCUGAUGAGUAUCGCUUAUUUGGAUCCUGGAAACAUCGAGAGUGACAUUCAAGCAGGAGCAGGGGCAGGUUAUUCGCUCUUAUGGCUGCUGAUGUGGGCGACCGUGAUGGGUUGCAUUGUUCAAUUGCUGGCUGCUAGACUGGGUGUGGCCACAGGGUGCCACUUGGCUGAGCUUUGCAGGGAAGAAUACCCAUUCUGGGCCAGAAUUCUGCUCUGGCUCAUGACUGAAAUUGCAAUCAUCGGAGCAGAUAUACAGGAGGUUAUUGGAAGUGCUAUUGCAUUUCGAAUUUUGGCAAAUGGGAUGAUCCCUCUCUGGGCAGGAGUACUCAUCACCGGAGUUGAUGGAUUCGUCUUCUUGUUGCUGGAACAGUUCGGUGUGAGGAAGCUUGAGGCCCUGUUUGGUGGUUUCAUCUCCAUCAUGGCGAUAUCAUUCGCAUGGAUGUUCGCCAAAACCGACCCCGAUGGCAAAGCAAUCAUUACUGGUCUGGUCAUUCCAACCGUCCCAUCCAAUGCAGUGAACAUUGCAGUCGGAAUCGUGGGAUGUGUGAUCAUGCCCCACAACAUCUUUUUGCACUCUGCACUAGUGCAAUCACGGUCGCUCGACAUCACCAAGAAGAGUCGCUUGCGGGAAGCACUUCGGUACUACACGAUCGAAUCAAGUGUUGCCUUGUGUAUCUCCUUCAUGAUCAACAUGUUCAUCAUGGCUGUGUUCGCCAAGGGUUUCUACGGACAAAUGGAGAGGCCCAACAUUGGACUCAUCAACGCCGGGGAGUACCUUGAGAAGGAAUAUGGGGGUGGGUACUUCCCCAUUCUGUACAUCUGGGCAAUUGGGCUUUUGAUGGCCGGCCAGAGUAGCACCAUGACUGGAACGUACACAGGUCAAUUUGUGAUGUCAGGUUUCCUGGAUCUGCCAGUCAAGAAGUGGGUACGUGUGAUCGUCACACGUAGUGUAGCUAUUGUGCCCACCAUCAUCAUCGCACUGAUCUUUGAUGGUUCUGAGAACAACCUGGACCGCCUGAAUGAAUGGCUGAACGUGCUACAGUCGAUCCAGCUGCCUUUCGCUCUCAUUCCUCUGCUCUGCCUCGUAUCCAACCAACGCGUGAUGGGUGUCUUCACAAUCAGCCGUUUAAUGAAGGUUGUUGUCGGCUUGAUCGCAAUUCUGGUGAUGGCUAUCAACUUCUACCUGAUGGUAGUGUUCGUCUGGGAUAGCAACCUCCAGUCGGUUCUAGCCCUCAUGGCGGUCGCACUCGGAGCUCUCGGCUACUUCGGCUUUAUCGUCUACUUGUUGUUACAACCUUCAACGUCAGAUGGCUUGUGGGCCACCUUGACCAAGAAGAAUGAUUACAGGGCAUUGUCUUCAGAUGUUCCUCCUCUGUCAUAGCACGAUUAUGGCGAACACGGUCUUCAACAAAAUGUUGGGCUUUAAAAAGUCAGCAUCUGUGCCAUAAUUCUUUCACAAUUUCCAAACACAUUAGAUUAGUCCUAGAAGUGGAUGUAGUGCCAUGAUGGAUCUGAAGUGAAGUAUGGUGUGCUAGAGUUCAAGAGCGAAUCCCCAGAAGAAUACCUUUCAAAGGGUCAACAGAUGAUGGGCUUUGGGUCUCAGCCUCAAUUCUAUCGCAGGUUGAGACCCAUCCACUCGUACUUCACUGCCGGAUGCCAAUCAAAUGUGUACAUACCUCUGUAUCACCCGGCAGGAAUUCCGCGUCAAGUUACUGCAACGUAGAUGUUAGUGAGAGUAGCUUUUGUAGGAAGAUUGGGCUUUUGUCACAGGUCUCGGUUGGUAAGGUUACCGACAGAUCAAAGCAAAAAGGUUUCCAGCAAAUUUUGUCGGUGUGUUCUGGUCACAGUCCAUCCCAGGCAUUCCUAAAAUUCCGAUACAGAGCUGGGAGAUGUCUGGAUGAACUUAGCCAGCCGUGCAAUAUCUUCAUGAGGUGAUCUGAUGAGAAGACGGGGUCCGCAAGCACAACCUUUCGAGCGGAGAACAGAUGGUUAACGCAUCGUUCCCGCAUCCGCUGCGAACACGAACAAAUCCGUCUCGAUGUCACCGAGAACAUGGUGCAUACGUGCCACAUUUCCUCCAUCGAUGGGGAGAAGACUAGGAAGGGAGCAGCGAAGUUACAAUGGGGCUGUUGUGCGAGCAUGUACGCAUUGAAGCUCACUGCUUCGGCGUUAUCAAGUCGACAAAAUCUGUCAGUCGUCUUCUAAGCAGCGGCGAGUAGGAACAUGUUCGGUGGCUGGUGUAUUUUAGUCUCAGGUCGUGAAGUUCAGAUCAGAUCUCACCAUGAUGCCUUUCUUCCAUCCGUCCGGAAAGUUGGGCAGGAAAGAGGAUGAUAAAAAUUCCAUGUGACAAGUUUUGGGUUGCCAGUGCGGUUUGUCUAUUUGAAAUCUGGCGAAUGUAAGUCUGAUCAGCUCAAUUCCUACACAGCUUACGGGGAGCUUUAAUGAAAACUUGUGAAUCUCUG